AUCAAUUGCUGGAAUAUAAUUAGUAAUACAAAAAUAUUAAGAGAAAUACAUGGUACUAUGGUAGAAUAGAUAUACAUGAGGACUUGUGAUUAUCAGACACAACUGUUAAUUUUAUCAGAUUCUUCAUUAACACAAAAAUAUAGGAGUUUUACAGAUUAUUUUUACCUUAAAUAGCUCAAGUCUAAUACUAUUUCACAAAUUAGCUAAGAAUUUUAGGUGGCAAUCGUAUAAAUAACUAAACUAGUAAUUAGAACAAUUAAACCAACUUUCUGUAUAAUUUUCUUUGCAACAAAACUUGAAAUCUCUUCACUGCAGGACCUAUUUGACAUCUUUUUUUACAGGACCUAUUUGAUAUCGCUUCACGGCAUCAAAUAGGUCCUGCACCAUUUCACUGCAUCAGAUAGGUCCUGAACCAAAUCUAUCUAUCAAAUUAAUCUCAAUCUAAUCGCGGUUACCAUUUCCCUGCAUCAAAUAGGCCAUGGAUUACCUGAGUUUUGUGCUGUGCCUUCUACUAGCAUGGGUUGUAAUCAACCUCCUUUCAAAUUUAAAGAGACGUAAUCAAUCGAAGCCUAGGAUACUACCACCAGGUCCACCCAAAAUACCCGUCUUUGGGAACCUCUUCAGCCUAGGCACAAACCCACAUAUUUCCGUGACUGAACUUGCCAAGACUUAUGGCCCUCUCAUGACUUUACAGCUUGGCCAAGUGACAACCGUGGUUGUUUCCUCGGUUGACUUGGCCAAAGAAGUGCUUCAAAAGAAUGAUAUUUUCUUCUGCAACAGAUUUGUUAUUGAUGCUUUUGAUGCACUUAACCACCAACAAAGCUCACUGGCAUUCAUGCCAGUAUGUCCUGCAUGGCGAAAGCUUCGCAAAAUCUCCAACUCUAAAGUAUUUUCAGCCAGUAAACUUAACUCGAGCCAAAGUCUAAGGAAGAAAAAGGUGACAGACCUCCUUGACUACGUCCAAAAACAAAGUGAAGCUGGUUUGGCAGUGGACAUUGGGCAAGUAGCAUUCACCACCACCUUGAAUUUGUUGUCGAACACAAUAUUUUCAGUGGAUUUGGGUGAUCCUAAUUCAGGAUAUGCCGGUGGAUUCAGAGAGACUGUACGAGGCAUAAUGGAGGAAAUGGGGAAACCUAACUUUGCUGAUUAUUUCCCUCUGUUGAAGAAGAUAGAUCCACAAGGUAUUAGACGGCGUCAAACUGUGAACUUUGGGAAGUUGAUUGAUCUAUUUGAAACCAUAAUUGACCAACGAUUGCAAGGCAAAAGACCACCAGGAUCAACACCAGGCGACGAUGUUUUGGAUGCUUUACUAGGCAUUAAUCAAGAAAACUCUGAGGAAUUAGAACUAGAAAAAAUUCCACAUCUUUUGCUGGACUUGUUUGGUGCAGGAACUGAUACAACAUCGACUACCCUUGAAUGGGCAUUGGCAGAACUAAUUCGCAACCCUGAAAAACUGACGAAAGCACAAGCAGAGCUCCAAGAAAUCAUAGGAAAAGGUAAUCCAGUGGAGGAAUCAGACAUUGCACAGCUCCCAUACUUGCAGGCCAUUAUCAAGGAAACCUUCAGGCUACACCCACCAACACCCUUUCUAGUACCGAGAAAAGUUGAUGCAGAUGUAAAGCUCUACGGUUACACAGUGCCUCAAAACGCACAAGUCCUGGUCAAUGUAUGGGCAAUUGGAAGGGAACCAAAUUUAUGGGAGAACCCAAACUCUUUUGAGCCAGAGAGAUUUAUAGGAUCUAAGAUUGAUGUAAAAAGUUGUGAUUUCGAGCUGAUUCCAUUUGGUGCUGGUCGUAGGAUAUGUCCUGGAUUGUCAUUGGCUCAUCGGAUGAUCCAUUUGAUGUUGGGGUCACUAAUCCACAGUUUUGACUGGAAGCUAGAAGGAGGAAUUCCACCCGAAAAAAUGGAUAUGGAAGAUAAAUUUGGGAUCACAUUGGAAAAAGCUCAACGACUUCGUGUCAUUCCAGCCCUUCGCAGCUAAGGGGAACUUUAGAGUUUAGAGUUUGCAUCGCCUUAUUGGAAAAUAUUCAGCGACUUCUUGUAAAUUUUUGUUUACGUCUGAGUAUGAUAAUAUCAUGUUAAUAAACAAACACUUGAUUCCAAAUCUAGCAAAUUUUCUAGCUUAAUUCAACUCGCAUAUUAACAGAAGGCAGAUUAUUUGCAGAUGGUAAAAAGCAUGAAUUAAAGACAAGCAAUAAGAUAGAGAUCAUAUACUU